AUGGCGAACCCCAAUGAUUAUACCGUAGGCUGGAUCUGUGCCAUAGUCACGGAAUUUGUUGCCGCCCAGAACCUUCUUGAUGAGAAACAUGACUUACCCAUGCACGUUUCCCGGGGGGACGAUAACAGCUAUACACUGGGCAAAAUUGGAAGACACAACGUUGCUCUAGCUGUUUUACCCGAUGGAGAGUAUGGAACAACAGCUGCCGCCACCGUUGCUGCUAACAUGUUGCGCACUUUCCGCAAUAUUAGGAUUGGCCUGAUGGUUGGCAUUGGUGGCGGUGCGCCGAGCAGGAGACAUGACAUUCGGCUUGGCGACGUUGUGGUGAGCGCUCCUCGUGACGGACGGGGUGGCGUGCUACAGUAUGAUUUUGGGAAAACGAUACAAAAUCAGGCAUUCCAAAUCACAGGAUUUCUAAACCAACCUCCUACGCUCCUAAGGACGGCCGUGAGCAGUAUCAGAGCUCAGUAUGAGAAUGAGGGUCAUCAACUUGAUCAGACUAUCAAGAGAAUCGUAACGCAAAACCCGAGACUCCGGAAGAAAUACCAGCGACCGCCUGCAAGCAGCGACAGGUUAUACCAAUCUGUGAUUACCCAUCCUAUAGACAGCGAUGUCUCCUGCGCAGAACUUUGCGGAGAUGACCCGUCACGGAUAAUCAAACGACAGCCCCGGGAGGAUGACUACGAGGACAAUCCUGCUAUUCACUACGGACUGAUUGCGUCGGCGAAUCAGCUGAUGAAGGAUGCUCAGGUUAGGGAUAAGCUUGCUGCGGAAAAGGACGUCUUGUGUUUCGAGAUGGAAGCGGCGGGAUUGAUGAAUCAUUUUCCCUGCUUGGUUAUUCGGGGGAUAUGCGAUUAUUCGGAUACGCAUAAGAAUAAGCAGUGGCAAGGAUAUGCGGCGAUGACGGCGGCUGCAUAUGCAAAGGAUCUUUUGCUUCGGAUACCAGUGGAGAAUAUUCAGGCUGAGAAGCCGAUUAAGGAAGAUGUUGGUUCUGGGGCAGGGUCAGGGCCUGGCGGGACUGGAUCUGGAGUAAUCCUGCCUGAAGGAAACGUGCCUGGAGGAAUCGGAUCUGGAGCAAAUGGUUCUUUUGGAGGAAAUGGCUCUGGCUCUGGCCCUGGCUCUGGCUCUGGAGGUAAUGGCUCUGGAGGGAUCGGAACUGGAGGACCAGGAGGAAUGGGUCGCCCCCCGACUAGCUCACCCUCGGUAUGUCUGCCACAUGUUAUAGAAUUGGAAACUGGGCUGAUACUAACGUUAUCAUAG